UCUCGGCGGCUGUUUUGGUGCGCGGCGAGCGGCGUUGAUCCGGGAGAUCGCCUUGAGGAGCGAGCUGCUGAUUCCUACGGGAGAGCGGCCGGGGAUUGGGAUCCCCCCUCACCAGCCUGCCCCUUUCUCUUCUUUCCCGAUGGAGACUUUCCACCCUGCCAAACUGGAGGCUCACCAUCACCCGCCGGUGGAGUUCUUGCAAGGGACCGGCAGGUACAGCGCGAAGAGCCACAGCGCCUACGGGAACGCCUUCAAUUCGUGGAAUGAUUACCUGGGGCUGGCCACGUUGAUCACCAAGGCGGUGAGCCACGAGAAGGGCUUCAGGACCGGGCCCUCCUCUGUGGUGGUGGCGGCGACCGUGCAGCAGGUCCAGGCGGCGGAGGAAGGGGAGGACGAGGAGGACGAAGACGAGGAAGAGGAGGAAGAAGUGGGGAGCCCGUAUUUCGAGAACUCGCUGGACCUGCACGACUUCGAUUUGUGCAACCACCACCACCACCACCACCUGAACCACGGUGAAAGUCUGCUGGAAGAGCGCUUCGCCGACUUCAGCCCUUUCUCUGGCCGCUCCAGCCCGGCCUCGGUUGUGUUUAACUGCUCUUCGGAUCACCUGGAACGGGACCGGUCGCCCCACGCUUGGGGCGGCCGUUUGGUAGUAAACAGCCGGCUGCAGGCUCCCCAGAAAAGCGGCUCAAGGCUACUGAAGCCGGAAUUGCAAGUCUGCGUCUUCUGCAGGAAUAACAAGGAAGCCGUGGCCCUGUACACCACUCACAUCCUCAAGGGACCCGACGGCAGGGUCUUGUGCCCGGUGCUGCGGCGAUACACAUGCCCACUAUGCGGGGCUAGCGGGGACAAUGCGCACACCAUCAAGUACUGCCCCUUGUCCAAAAUGCACGGCAGCGCCCCCAAACAGCCGCUGAAAAGCUCCCGGCACAUCCUGGGCAAGAAGCUCCGCUAGGUGGCGCCGCUUGGAGCCCGCGGGAUUCUGCGUGGCUGCGGACACGUCGGGUCCCAAAAUCAAAUCUGUCUCUUAAUUGGCUGAGCUUUGAGCGCGUGUGCCCUCUUCAGGAAAAAAGAACAUUUUCCUUUGGAAUUUUUCUUUUUUAAAAAAAUCUUUAAUCGAAUGAUGUCUCUCUCUAACACUUAAUAUAUUGAAUCUUGGAGACGGUAGAAUGUACAGAGAAAAAAUGUUCUUGAUUUAUGUAUCAAAUAAUCCAGUAUAGUUUAUAGUUUGUAUACAUAGUUGCCAGAGAAUCUGGCCCCUGAAUUUAACUCUAUAAGAAUUAUACAAGUUUUAGAAGUCCUGUAUUUGUUUACUGUAAAUCAUAUCUAAUUUUUAAAUGGAAUUGAGUGCUCUUCAGUCGAUGUGGCUUUCCUAGGCUGGCAAGGGAGCCCCUCCCCCUUAAAUAAAAGCACUGCCAUAGAACCUGGAAAGAGCCCAUUAAGCCCACGGGUGGCUAAUGUAUACAAGACCAAAAUAAAGAUUUUUAGGUGACCUUUUUUUUUAAAAAAAAAGGCUGAAGGCAUGCUGAGGGGAAACUCAAUGUAUUGGACUGGUGUUUUGUUUCUAUUGAUGUCUUCACUGUUUGUCUAUAAUCAAUAUUAGUUGGAAUUGGAGGUUACAGUUUGUUGGGGGAUGGGAUUUAUUAUGAUAUAGAUUCACUUUUAAUUUCCCCCCAUGUUUUAAGUCCUAUUGGAGUGCAUGUUUCCUCUUUCUGCCCACCAUUCCAAAAAUGAGUUUCCCCAUUGCCUCUAGUGCUUUUCUUUAAAUGCUGAUUUAUCUCCCUGUAGUCCAGCUGAGUAUACUUUGUCAAACUGGCAGAUAUACAGUGGAAGUAAAGAUGUUGCAGAGAUCUGACUAGUCUGUUCUUUCCUUCCCCAGACCUAGCCUUUGCUCCCUUAAAAAUGGCAAGAGCCCAGGAGAUGAGAGCAACCGCUUCAAGAGUUGCUGUUGAACCACUUAAGUCUCUUCUGUAUAAGAAUGUUAUGUUUGAGCUAAAAUUUUGUUACUUGUGUUAUGGCGAUAUAUUAUUCCCCCCCCCCAAUU